UGAUGAGUCGUCUGAACGAGACUUCAAAUUCCAAUUCAUUUCCCCGGCUUCCAGUGCAUUCCAUUGGAAUUGGUUGUCCGUUGCCAACUUCACACCGAACUGUCACUUGCACUGCUUAUGUCAAUAGAAAAUAACAUCAUUUCUAUUAUUGUUGUGAAACUUAUCUGCUUUGCUUCAAUUCUUAUCGAAAAAAAUAUUUACUUCAAUGAUCAUUGAAAAGAGGAGCAAAUUUUGCGUACAAAAAUGAGUGAAUUGGAGAAAGACAGUCAAAGUAGUCAAGCAGAAUCAAAACAAAGUUCGUGUGCCAUAAAAAAUCACAGUCAAGAUCUAAAUUCGCAGUUAUUGGCGAAAAUUUUCAAACUAAACAUCGAUUGCUUCGACGAGCUCUUCGAAUGGUUGUCACGAGAUGAUUUAGAUACGUUGGGUCAGACGUGUAAACUGAUGCAAUCAAUCGUCGGUGAAUUUUUCCAGCAAAAUUUCCCAGCAAUUGAAGUUCGUGCCGAAGAAGAUGGACUGUACGUGAAUGAUACACGCAACGUGAAUUGCUAUCGCGGCGCCCAUAAAAUCCACAGUUUCGAUAAAUUCAUUCGAAAAGUGUCGAUUUGCGAGAACUCCAUUGGAAUCGAAGACGGUGUACGAUUGUUUUGUUACGUUGGAUCGAAUUGCACGAAAUCCAUCAAGCACAUUCAAUUCAUCAAUGUGUUGUUGACACAAAUCGAACUUGAAUGGGUGGACGAGAUUUUAAAAACGGUCGAAACGGUUUCAAUCGAAGAUUGUUUAAUCAAACGUCAAUUCUACGAAAAAUUCCCAGCACUUUGCCACAAUCUGAAGAAUCUCAAUGUGCAAGACUGUCGAUGGAAUCGAAAUGUAUUGAAACGUACGGGAAAUGAGUGGCUUCAGCGAAAAUACCCAAAGUUGGAGCAUUUGGAAUGGACACAAUCGUCGAAGAAAGGUCGUCGCAUUGAUGAAUUCAAAACGUUUUUUGAGCUAAAUCCACAAAUUGUCAGCUUUUCAACGAGUUUUCAUUGUUUUUGGGGUAAUCGUGAGCUGAUUGCUCAAGCUAAUAUCAAAUUGGAUGAUUUGACUAUUGAAUUCGAUGAUUGGACAUGGACACCAACGAAUAUCAAUGCAACUUAUAGCCUGCUGAAUAGUCUUCACGAGCAAGGAAUCUACAAACGACUCAAUUUGUAUGCCAGAUACUACGAUGCUGAUUAUUUCAGCAAAAUGGCCUCAAUACGCCCUUUGUAUAGCUUACAUCUGCACGAAAUUAGUUCGAGAUACAAUUUGCCGCAUCUGCCACAGUUGAGAGAAUUGCGAAUUCAGUACAUCAACACAAAUUUGGAUAAUUUGCCCAAUCAAUUGCCGAACCUUGAACGAAUCUAUUUCAAAUUUGCCGAAACCAAACAUUUUCUACCGUUCAUUUACCGGUGCCCAAAAUUGAAGGAAAUGAAAAUCGAUGUGGUUCAUGACAGAGCUAAGUUCAACUGCAUUCUCGAUCUGCCGGCCCUAAAUAGGGAUAGAAAGAAACUGGAUGGAGCACGGAAAAUCACCAUUUUCAUCGAUGAACAUGUAUUUUUAGCAACCAAAUGGGCAACUGAAAGAACUGAGUUUAGUUUGAUUGAAAUUCAACGAGGCUAUACACGUGAAUGGAAUCGGAAUAUUGAAUUUCAUUGAGACAGAAUUGAGCGCUAUUUAUUGAGAAAGAAUUUUUUUUCAGAUAAUUCCUGUAGAGCAAUGAGCAUGAAGCUCAUACCAUGAACAAUGUAAUUUAUUUGUUUGGAAUUUAUAGAGCGAAGCUAAAAUCAAAUGCACAAUCUAAAAUUUCAUUGUUAAUAUAAACCACACUUUCAAUGAGAACAGAAUAAAAUAUUUUGCUCUCGAUUUUUCUUGAAUAAACUCGUGGAUACUUAAACUUUUUGCAUAAAAAUGAUUGAACCUUAUUGAUUGGUUUAUUGUUUGGAAAUUUUUCAGCAUUUUUUUCAUAGCUUCCAUACAAAAUUUGCACUAUAUUCGACUAUAAACGUUGAUCUAAAGUACUUUUCCGAAGACUUUUGGUGACUUUUGUCUUUCAUUUCGCUCAAAUAUGUUAUUCCAUUGUCGGUUGAAUCAAAUGACCAAAUGGACACACAUCGAAUCCAAAUCGGUUUGUUUCAAAUAAGCGAUUGAAUACAAAUUGGAAUCACAUUGGUGAUAGACUGAUAGUCAACUUCAUGCUAAUGUCAAAGUCACUAAUACCAAGCAGCAGUCGUUCUCGUUGCACAUCUCGUUUGACAAUUUGUGUUGAUGCUUUGCUCACAGUGAAUAAUGCGAGAUAUAAGUAGACGGUCACCACAGUAGAAGAAACACGUGUCGAUAUAUUUUCAAUCGUUUAGUGCUGAAACAACCGAGAGAAAAGCAAGGCAAAGGGAAUUUCAUAUCUGAGGUCACGAUGAACCCGUAUGCAAUCAAAGGUACUUGCCAUGUCAAGAGAAACACAGGCGUAAGUCAUCAAGUACAGCAGCUGAAGUCAAGCAAGAAUUGGUUGUUAAAGAAGAGCCAUUGGACAAUAUGGGAAUGGUUGAAACAUCGAGGCCACCGACAACAGAACCAACGAAAGGUGCGAUCAAAUUGGAAGCAAAUACCGACAGCGACAUGUCUUUUGAUUUUGAUAGCGACUGUGUGAAAAAAGAGGUAAAGAGCGAGGACAAAUGCUCCAAGAAGGGAUGUGGCUCUGCACAAGAUGCACGCUUGAAUCAUGACGGUACCUUGAACGAUGGACCGAUCGAUGGAAUCGUGAACAACUCACACUCUAUACCAAGAUUAAAUAGCAAAGGUGAAAAGAAGAAACGUAAGGAGAAAGGAAAGGAAACCAAUGCCAAGGCUUCAAAGAAAGCAGCCGUGAAGAAGCACUUUUGUCAUUUGUGCAAAUUUUUUACAUCGAAAAAAGUUGAUCUAUCAAGACACAUUCGAGUCCACACCGGCGAGAGGCCAUUCAUGUGUGAAGUGUGUGCGAAAUCAUUUGCAAGAAAGGAUAUCUUGCGUCGUCAUAAAAAAAAACCAUGGUCCUCGAUUAACAUUCCGUUGUUCAAAGUGUCGUGAAGGAUUUGCCCAAGAAAUUGAUAAGACUGACCACGAAUCCAAGUGUCAAUGGCGCCACUACGAGUGCUAUGCGUGCAAAUAUAUCACAUAUUAUUUGUCAAUUAUGAAGCGUCACAUGCGGACCCACAGUGGAAGCAAGCCAUUCGAGUGUUCGGUUUGUUCAAAAACAUUUUCCCGAGAUACUUGUCUUCGCAUUCAUUCACGAAAUCACGUCAAACAGCUUCCCUUCGUCUGCCCAAAAUGUGGCCAACGAUUCGCCGAAGAUAGCGAAAAACAGUCUCAUGAGAGGCGCUGUACCAGUAGAAGAUAUGAAUGCCAUCUAUGCCAGUUAAACUAUUUUCAACAAUGCAACUUGAAACGCCACAUACGAUCAAAGCACACGGGCGAAAAUUCAUUCAAAUGUGCUGUUUGCGGAAAAAAGUUUUGCGAGAAAUCCGAUCUGAAACAACAUUUGGCCACACAUGCAAAACCACGUCCAAUCCGUUGCACCAAAUGCUGGAAGUUAUUCAAAGAAGAAGACAAGAAGAAUGCACACGAAGGACAAUGCAAUCGUCGUCUUCAUCAAUGUAACUUGUGCAAAGUCAACGCAUCUCGUUCAUUAUAUCUGAAGAUCCACAUGCGAGCUCAACACACCGAAGAAAGACCAUUUCCAUGCGGAUUCUGUGAAGCUCGCUUUGUUAAAAAAAUCCACGCUGAUAUUCACGCGAAACGCCACCAUGGUUUAAAGAACUAGAUUCAAGCUAACAUCAGGAACAACGGGAUUUAUUCUGAAUAAUCUCUCACAUAGUUUCAAUUCAUCUUCUAUGAAUUAGUAGUUGAAAAAUUGCAUCUAAAUUGAUAAAACCAAUCUUUCGAUUAAUGAUUAAAAUGUAAAAUCCGAACACUUUUUUUUCUCUUCAAAAUCGACAUAAAUUCAAGCAAUGUUCAAAUCAAAUCAAUAGCAGAAUAGAACAUUCGACUCUUUCAUUUGGAAUAAUUUAAACGAAAUUAGAACAAUUGUCGGCCUACAGCAACUAAACAUGGACGUUUAUUUCUCAGAUAGUUUGAACUUUAGACAAUUUUUCCCUAAUUUCCAAAUCGGAACUGAUAAAAACUGAAAAUUAACAACAAAAGGUGUAACUUAUGUCAACAAAUGGAAAUGAAGUCAAUCUGCUUCAGAAUAAAUGUUGGAAAUGUUCUUUAAUUCCAAUCUGAAUUUCAGUUUGUGGGAACGAUACAAACAUUGAGAUCAUCUCUACAAAUUAAUCUCUGAUUCAUUAUUAUGUACCUCAUUUGCUGCGGAUUUCAAUGAGAUACUGAAACAGCGAAUAGAGUGACCACCUGGUCACUUAAGUCAAUUGGCAAUAUUUCCUUUGUCCACAUGCAAAUGUCGAUGAAAUUGUGAACUAUCCAUGUAUUAAAAAUGAAUAAGAUAACAACCUCUUAGUGGUGGCAAAUAAAUGACUUGGUCAGACUUGGUUGAGAUAGUUCUUAAUCGAAUCAUUUAAGAGCAGACAAUUAUUCGAUCGUUUGAAAUUCAGGAAAAUGUGAAAUCGUAUUCCCUUCUACACUAACUGGUGAAUGCAGAGAAAAGCAUCAUAAAAAUACAAGACAUAAUAUCUGUAGCAAUUCUAAAGGACGUUCCAAUCUUACUGUUCAAACUAUAAUUACACCUUUCGGAUUUGCUUCUGAUGUAGUCGUUCAUCAUACUAGUGAAAAUAUUCCCAAUUAUUGGACUAAUGAAUUGAAGUAGGUAAUAAUAAAAAUUUUACUAAAACAGUAUGAAUUUCAUUCAUUUUAUUUCAAAAUUCAACAUUUGAUUGCUAACGAUUGGAAAGGAUUCAAAUUCAAAGUCCAAAUUGAUAUGGCCAACUUCAUACCGCUGUCAAAUGUCACCACUAAUUAAACCAAAGCAACACUCGGUUGACAGCACAGACGGUGAAUUACGAUUCAUUUGCACAAAGUAAACGAAGGCAACCACAAACAGACCACCCCUAGAAGCAGAAAAACACAAGAAAGUUGAAUUAUUUCGCUGUCCAUUCGUGGCUAGUGAAAGUAAAGUAAAGAGAUUUAGCCACGAUGAAUCCGUAUGCAAGUAGAGGUACUUGCGAUGCAAAAGGCAAAUGCAAACGCCGUCGUAAAUCAGUGCACACAACCGUUGAAAUCAAGCAAGAGGUGGUUGUGAAAGAGGAGCCAAAAGAAAACGUAGACAUGGUUAAUAUCGCAAGGUCACAGUUCUCGCCAUCAUUAUCAGCAGAAGCAACUGAAGCAAUCAACUCCGAAUGCACCACUGAUAGUGAGAUGGACUUUGAAUAUGAUACCGAUCGUGUGAAGGAAGAGGUCAAGAUUGAGGACGAGUGUUCGAAGAAAGAAUGCGAUUCGGCACAAGGUACAAGCUCGAAUGAUGAUGACAAUCAAGGCGAUAGACCAGCAGAUGGAAAUGUGAGCAACCCAAGCUCAAACAGCAUGAUCGAAAAGAAGAAGCGAAUGGUGGAAAGAAAGAAACCGACUAAUCAAACGAAGGAAACCAACGCCAAGGCCUCGAAGAAAGCAGCCGUAAAGAGGCAAAAGAAGCACAUGUGCCAUUUGUGCAAUUUUACUGCAUCGCGAAAAUCACAUCUCACAAUACACAUUCGAGUCCAUACCGGCGAGAGGCCAUUUGUGUGUGAAGUGUGUGCGAAAUCAUUUAAAGCGAAAAGUAAUCUGGAUCGCCAUGGAAAAACCCACGGUCUUCGAUUGGCAUUCCGUUGUUCAAAGUGUCGUGAAGGAUUUGCUCAAGAAAUUGAUAAGACCAACCACGAAUCCAAGUGUCAAUGGCGCCACUACGAGUGCUAUGCGUGCAAAUAUAUCACAUAUGAUUUGACAAUUAUGAAGCGUCACAUGCAGACCCACAGUGGAAGCAAGCCAUUCGAGUGUUCGGUUUGUUCCAAAGCAUUCCCACAGAACAAUAUUCUUCGCCAACAUUUACGAACUCACGUCAAACAGCUUCCGUUUGCCUGCCCAAAAUGUGGUCAACGAUUCGACGAAGAAAGCGAAAAACAGUCACAUGAGAACCGCUGUAAUGGUCGGAGAUAUGACUGCUAUCUAUGCCAGUUAAACUAUUUUCAACAAUGCAACUUGAAACGCCACAUACGAUCAAAGCACACGGGCGAAAAGUCAUUCAAAUGUGCUGUUUGCGGAAAAAAGUUUUGCGAGAAAUCCGAUCUGAAACGACAUUUGGCCACACAUGCAAAACCACGUCCAAUCCGUUGCGCCAAAUGCUGGAAGUUAUUCAAAGAAGAAGACAAGAAGAAUGCACACGAAGGACAAUGCAACCGUCGUCUAUAUCAAUGUUACUUGUGCAAAGUCAACGCAAAUAAAUCAGCACAACUAAAGGACCACAUGCGAGCUCAACACACCGGCGAAAGACCAUUUCUAUGCGGAUUCUGUGAAGCUCGCUUUGUUCAAAAAAUCCACGCUGCUGUUCACGCGAAACGCCACCAUGGUUUAAAGCACUAGAUUUAAGCGGACAGGAAUAUACACAUUUAUUUUUAGUAAAAUUUGCCGAACACUGCAUUCAGACAUGAAAAGAACAAAACAAGCAGUUCACAUUUAGAAAUCGUCAGUAGUUUGUUUAAAUUGAAAUUUCUGGAAUAUUAGGAUUUCUAAAUAUCGACUGUAAUUUAAGAAAAAAAAUUCUAAACUAAUGGGAUCAUGAAAUCCUUAACAACAUUCAUUUGCGAUCGAUAAGUCGAUCAUCAACAUUACUGCAACUUUUACUGUGUAUUCCAACUAAAAUUAAAUCAAUUCUUUAAUCAUUUUCUCA